AUGCUUGAAACGGAUAACUCCUUCUUUUCGAAUCGAUCUAGAGAUCCUGAGUGCCAAGAGGUAAAUCAUGCGAUCACCGAAGGAUCGGAUGUGAACAAGAGCUCUACUUUUUCCAUCCAUUAUCACCUGGAUCCGCUUUUUGGUACCCAAAAGGAGCUCAUAUUUAUAAUAAACUUGUCAAAUUUAUUAGAAAUGAAUAUAGAAGACGUUAUUACACCAAAUAUUUACAAUUGUAAACUAUGGCAGAUCUCCGGACAUUGGGAGCACUACAGCGACAAGAUAUUUAAGCUCGAGUUGGAACACGAACAAUUUGCUUUGAAACCUAUGAACUGUCCUGGACAUUGUCUUAUAUACAGUAGUAGGCCACGCACUUAUAAUGAGCUACCAAUUCGAUAUGCUGAUUUUGGUGUGAUACAUAGAAAUGAGAUGUCAGGUUCAAUCACUGGACUUACUCGUGUCCGACGCUUCCAACAAGACGAUGCUCAUAUAUUUUGUCGUAAAGAUCAGAUCGGAGAAGAGAUGAGGAGCUGCUUGGAUUUCCUUUCAUUUUGCUACGAGAAAGUUUUUGGCUUCAACUUUGAGCUAAAUCUUUCCACUCGUCCUGAGAAGUUUCUGGGUGAAAUUCAGACGUGGGAUGAAGCUGAAGCUAUCCUUAAAGAUGUUCUGAAUGAGUCUGGCAAGCACUGGGAGUCACAUCAAGGUGAUGGAGCUUUCUACGGGCCUAAGAUUGAUAUCACAAUUAAAGAUGCUUUGGGACGUAAACAUCAGUGCGCAACAAUUCAGUUGGACUUCCAGCUUCCUCAACGAUUUGACUUAACCUAUUUGGAUGAGAAUGGUGAGAAACACAGCCCGGUGAUGAUCCAUCGUGCAGUACUCGGAUCAGUCGAGAGAAUGAUAGCUAUCCUGGCUGAGCAUUGCGAGGGCAAGUGGCCAUUCUGGCUAUCACCGCGCCAGGCAAAGAUUAUUGUUGUACAUGAGUCUGUGGAUGACUACGCCAUGGAAAUCAAGAACAAGCUAUACUGUCAAGGAUUUGAGGUGGAAUACGAUCAAUCCUGCCCGGACACACUAAGUAGACAGAUCCGUAAAGCCUUGCAGACCCACUUUAAUUUUAUUCUUGUUGUGGGAGCAAAUGAAAAGAAGAAUGGCACAGUGAAUGUUCGAACAAGGAACAACUCGUGCGCCAAGGAAAUCUGCCACGUAUUCCUGAUGUUCCGAUUAUUCCUAGUCACAUCCAUCCUGAUAGUGAUUAUCCAUGCGGAAACUACUCUUGAGGAUCGCAUAGAGAAAGGAAAGGAACGACACAAGCAGGUAGUUGGGACACUUGUGAACCAUAUAUUCACUUCUAUAGAGCAGCGAAAAGAAAAAGAAGCUGCUGAGAGAGAGAAGCUCAAAGAGCUAGCUGACCAACUCAAGCCUUAUGUUGACGAAACUAAGAAGAGAAUCAAAGGAGAGCAGGAAUUGUCAGAAAUUGACAAUGCUCUAGAAGAAGCUCAGAUGCAUUUGGCUGAAGAGGGUGAUGCAAAUGCAGAAGAAAAACAAGCGGAAAUUGCAAGAAUUCGCGAUGAGGUCAAUAAGGCCAAAUGGGGACUGAUGGAUCGCUUACAAAAAAUUCUACACGGCAAAUAUAAGCCAACAGUUGAAACGAUGAAGAAAUCGGAAAUUUUGAACGAAAUAACGGGCACCUCUUCAUGGCAAAGCGCGACAUGGUUACUGCUCUUCCUUUGUGUACUUCUUUCAAUCGCUCUUAUUGCAGUACUCACUCAUCAGAUGUCCAAGAAAAGCGACUACGAACGUCUUAAAAAUAACAGCCUGAUGUGA